AGCUGGUACACAAGUAACCAGGCAGGAUAGGCGACCAAGUACAGUAACAAGCUACAAAAGGUUACUCCAUAGUGUCUGGGUGGAGCACCAAAAUGCAGAACUUGGUGGUGCAGGCACUUGCCAUGAGGCAGCUAGGGAGGCUGAACUCCCGCCACCUGUUGGCUGCUGGAUAUGGAUUGAGGCAGAUUGAAUGGUGUCCCAGGUCUAUUCAUACACGCCAGCUGUGGGGCUGCUCGGCAUUCCCCGCACCUGGCUGUCACAGGCUUGCUCUGCAUGGCAGAGACCCAGUCAGGGGUUGGUCUGUUCAUCAUCUGAGGUUCAAAAGCAGCAAGAAGAAAGGUGCGGUUAGGAUGGCACAGGAGGCGGUGGAGGAAGAUGAGGAUGAGAAAGACCCAGAGGACAGUGAUUAUGAAGAUGAGGUGGUGGAGGACCCAAAUCAACCAAAGGACUAUAAAGAUGUGGAAAAAUGGGUGCAGUCUUUCCGGUAUGAUAUCAUCAUGAAAGCUGGCCUGGACAUACCACGCAAGAAAAUUGAGGAUGCCUUUUAUGACAACAAGCUCAGGCUAAAUGGGCAGAAACUCAUCAAGAAAAGUAAAACGGUGAAAGUUGGGGACACCUUGGAUGUGGUACUGUUGGAGAACCAAGAAGACAACACUGUUACUCUGAUGAGAGUCAUCAUCAGAGGGGUUAUUGGUGAAUCCAGUAGUACAGACAAGUACAAAGUUGCCAUAAGACGAUGGAAAUAUAUACAGCUUUCCAAGGAUGAAGCCUUUAAGCCAUGAACUUGAGUAGGACGGGACUGACUGUAAUACGAUUGGCCAGUGAAGGCAACAGCAUAGAGAAAUGCUAUUGGAUGACUGGCAAUUUGAAUGGACUUCAACAGAAUGGAUCUGGAUUCAAUUACAAAGGUAUAAUGUAAAGUUCUCAGUGGUUGUUGACAUGAGGCAGUUGGUUGGGAGAAAGAUUUUGAAUGUCUACCGUUCCCCACUACACUGUGUGACUCCCCCAUUAAACGUGCACUUUUUUGUUUUGAAUUUUGAAAAUGAUGUCAUGAUGACUUGGUCGAUGAAGAGCACAUCACAUUUUCUUGCAAGUCCAUGAGUUUUCAUCUGACUCUAACUUGGAUAUUGGGUGCCCCCCCCCCCCCAUUUUUCCCGUAAAUCCUCAUUGAAUCAUUUUUAUUGAAACCAAAAUAGAAAAUAGUGAGUAGAACCAAUAUUCAUGUUACAUAGUACAAAGGUUAUUGGUGCAGUUGGAAAUUUAGGAUUCAGGAAAAUGGACACCUAUUAACUCCCUGGGUGUGUGGUGAAGAAAUGUAUGAAUAAACUGACUAAAUGUU